AUGAUGGCGCACCAGGACCCGGAGAUGGACCACCCCGAGCAGCCCGCGCGCAUCCACCGCAUCUUCUCCUACCUGCACUCCACCGGCCUCGCCCACCGGUGCGCUGUGCUCCCUUGCCUUGCCGCCCUGCUCCCAUCCUUUGCCGCCUUGCUCUGCCUGUGCAAGUCAAAGGGGGCUCGGGCCCGCUUGCCUUGCCGUUCGACCGCCCACACACACACCCCUGUCUUCCCCCCCUUCUCCCCCCCCACUCCCUUCCCACCCUCUCCUUCCCAUUCCCCCACACUCCCUUGCUCCCCCCGUUUCCUCCGCGCACCCACCGUUAACUCCUUCCUGCUUCUACUAUCUUGUUCUCCCCCACAUUCCCCUCAACCCUCCUCUCUCCCCCCCCCCACCGCCCCUCCCACCCAACACCCCCUUCCCCCUCCCCCCACCUCUUUCCCAUCCCAUCAACCCGGCCACCCCGGCCCACUCGGCCACACCUCCGACCCCGGGCACCCCCCCAGGUGCAUCCGAGUGCCAGCGCGCGAGGCGAGGGACGAGGAGCUGCAGGCGGUGCACACGCGCGACCACGUGGCGUUCAUCCGCGCCGUGAGCAGCGAGCAGCUGAGCGCGGAGGAGCGCGAGGCGUGCAGCCGCGCCUUCAACUCCAUCUUCUUCAAUGAGGGCUCCUCAUCCUCUGCGCUCCUUGCUGCUGGCUCCGUCGCUGAGCUAUCCCAGCAGGUGGCAGCGCACAAGCUACAUCACGGAGCAGCAGCGGUGCGGCCGCCAGGGCACCAUGCGGAGGCGCACUGCCCCAUGGGCUUCUGCCUCUUCAACAACGUCGCCCUCGCCGCCAAGCACCUGCUCGUGGGUGCCUUAGACAGCGGCAGUGUGCAGCGCAUCCUGGUGGUGGACUGGGACGUGCACCAUGGCAACGGCAUUCAGCACAUGUUCUGGACCGACCCGCGCCUCCUCUACUUCAGUGUGCACCGGUACCAGAAUGGCAUGUUCUACCCGGCGGGCCCUGCUGGUGACUACGACACGGUGGGGGCUAGACAGGCGGGCUACCAGGGCGGCAUGUUCUACCCGGCAGGCCCGGAUGGUGACUAUGACAUGGUGGGGGCGGGGCGGGGCGAGGGCAGCUACCAGGGUGGCAUGUUCUACCCAGCAGGCCCGGACGGGGACUACGACAUGGUGGGGGCGGGGCGGGGCGAGGGCUUCAACGUGAACGUGCCGUGGCCGGGCGGCGGGUACGGCGACGGGGACUACCUUGCCGCCUGGGACCUGCUGCUGCUGCCGCUGCUGCACGCCUUCCAGCCCCAGCUCGUGCUCGUGUCCGCUGGGUUUGAUGCUGGUGAGAGAGGGGGGAGGGAGAAAGGGUGGGGGCUGCUACAAGCAACAGCAGCGGGAGUGGUGGUGGUGUUGGAGGGGGGCUACAACCUCGAGUCCAUAGAGCAAUGCUUCGCGGCCUGUGUCUCCGCCAUGCUCCGUGAUCCCCCCAUCGCUGCUCCCCCCCCGCAAUGGCCCCUUCGCCUCUCCCAGUCCGGCCUCGCCACUGUUCUUCAGGUGCGCAAGCAUCUGUCCCAGUGGUGGCCGUGCCUCGCCUCGCCUCUCGACCUCUCCACCUUUCUGCACUCCCUCGCAUCCCUCCACGCCUCCUCCUCCACCCCCGCCGCUUCCCACCCCCCCUCUUCCUUGCCUCCCCACAUCGCGUCCACCACUGCUGCUGUCCCCCCCGCUCUAUCCAUGGAUGCCCUCUUCUCGCAUCUCUCCCAAGCUGAGAUGGCGCAUGUUGCUGCCACUGCUGCCGCUGCCGCUGCUCUCGCUUCUGCUGGUGUUCCGGUCGACAUGCAGGUAGGUGGAAUGCCCACAUCCCCCUCUACCCCGUCCGAUGCCUCUAUAGACUUUGAGGACCUGCCAGGAGUUGGGGCAGGGGAAGUGGAGAGUGGCACGCGGGGCAUGGGGUUUAGAGAGGAUGGGGAGAGUGCGGGGGUAGCAACAGAAGAGACUCGAGAUGGGGCAGGCAUGGGUGCUGUUGCUAAUGUUCUGCACGAGCGAAUGAAGGGAAGAGUGGCGUUUCAGGUGCAUAUCAGUGCCUGCUGCGAUAAUCAUUGUCACCUGCUGCAUACACUGCACCAACACCCCCACACUCAACGCCCCAUCCCUUCCCCAACACUCACUCCAUCCCAUUCAUUGUCCUCUUCCCUCUCUCCAUCCCUCCCUACCACCAUGCACGCACACACAACACCACCCCUCCCCACCAGUCUGCGCCAGUUCAAUGAGGUGGUAGCACAGGAGAACUCCCGAUCCGCCGCUCUCCUCGCCUCUUCCAACCAUUCGCUUCUCUCCCUCUCCCUCCUCGCACUCCUCUCCUCCCGCUUGCUCAACGCUGUCCCUUCCAUCAAUCCUGGCCCCGCCUCGUCACUGCAAGGGCCCUCACCCUCUGUCCCAUUCGACGAUGCUGCUGCUGCCGCUGCUGCGGCAGUAGGAGCUUCUGCUUCCACAGCAGCAAAACAACAGCCUUCCCCCUCUGCUUUCCACGAGAUCCUUCCGGAUGGCUGGUACGGCACUGUGCUGCUACUGGGCUUUGAUGAUGGAUGCCCAAUACUCACCUUCAGCUGUUCCGAGUCAGACCUGUCCAAGUUCCGCCUGCGCAAGCUGCCCAUGAACCCGCCCUCCGACGCGUACCGCCGUGUGGUGGCCAGAGGGCUCGUGGACGGGCUGGAAAUGCCCCUCGCGGACGCCCACGCGUACAUCGACAUGCGCUCUCGCCCGCUAUGA